AUGCUGGCGGCUAUCGCUGUGGUUGACGCCGACAUGCGCUCGUUUCUACCGGCCAUUCUGAACCCGCUCGUUGUGGAAAAUGGCCACCGGUUCGAGAGACCCGCCAUCGAGAUCCGCAACAGGUCUAUGGUGUACUCCACCAACGGGUCGAUUUUCCACCCGCCGAACGCCAUUUCCGUGCUCCAGCACGACGCGGUUCUCGAUCUCGGUCGCAAAUACAUACAGUCCAGCCAAAAGGAUUAUUUUGUGGUCCGUCUCGGGGCCAUCAAAAACUCCACCUGGAACACACAGCUAUACGAAGAUUUCACCACCGUGAUCGAUAACGCCCACUAUUUCCACAACUUGCUCGGGUUCACCAUCGAGUCCGCAUUGGACGAGCCAAAUCUGCCGUUCUUCAAAGCAGCCGUCAGAGAUAUGAAGAGAUAUAUGUCCCGCAACAAGAUGCGACGCAUACCUGUGGGACUUGAACUGAACUCCCAGCUCAACACAACAACAGAUCAGUAUCUCGGAUGCAACACACCAUACCCUGUUGAUUUCUACUUCUCUCAAAACGGCCUUAGCUUCCCGACCCCUAAACAGGGGCCGUGCCCCACAAACAUGUCCAUCUGCACCACGACACUGCCCCACACCCCGCGAUCGGCGCGCUGCGACUGUAUCAUGUCCGCCCUGCACUGCAUGAUCAACCCGGUAGUGGCAAAACAGGGGAUCAACGAGCUGGACAGGUUCUGCGACACCGUUUAUUGCGGGUCGAUCGAAAACGACGUCACGACAGGACGAUACGGCAUAUUUGCCAGCUGCUCCAACCUGCAAAAACAUUCAAUAGCACUGAACCUGUAUUAUACGUUCCACGGCAACCAGUCGUACUAUUGCCAAGCAAACGGACUGGGCACUUUGGUGGCACACAACUAUUCGAUCGAAAAUUACCAGCAAUUGCAGGAUUACAACGGCAAGUCUUGCAAGCAAGAGAUCAUGGACGACUGGAGUCGGUUUUUGGUUGGCCGACCUCGCAAACAAAUGAUUACAUCAAAUGAGCGGGACAACGUUAACGAGGACAUUGACAACGACGACUUCGACAGAGUGCCAAACUCUGCACCCGCGCUCAAAUACACAAACGGACUGAAUCUGUUGCUGAUGUUAUUGAUAUUUUCUAUUUGA